AUGGCCAAUCCCCAGUUCAAUUCCAAAUCGCCUACCAUCCGGCGCAUAUUAAAAGAAGCCGCCGAGAUCUCGUCCUCGCCGUCGCCCGACUACACGGCGGCGCCGCUCGAGACGGACCUGUUCGAGUGGCACUUCACGCUGCGCGGGCCGCCGGGGUCCGCGUUCGCGGGCGGGAUCUACCACGGGCGGAUCGUGCUGCCGCCGACGUACCCGCUGCGGCCGCCGUCGUUCCGCUUCGCGACGCCGAGCGGCCGCUUCGAGGCGAACCGCGAGAUCUGCCUCAGCAUCUCGGGCCACCACGAGGAGACGUGGCAGCCGGCGUGGGGCGUGCGCACCGCCCUCGUCGCCCUGCGCAGCUUCAUGGAGACCGACGCCCGCGGCCAGCUCGGCGGCCUCGACGCCCCCGACGCCGUCCGCCGCCGCCUCGCCGCCGAGAGCCCCGCCUGGCGCUGCCCCGCCUGCGCCCGCUCCAACGCCGAGAUCAUCGCCGAGUGCGAGGAGCGCUCCCGCCGCGCCGACGCCGACGCCGCCGCCGCUGCCAGGCGCGACGUUCAGGUCCCCGCCGAGCUCCAGAUGGGCUUCCGCGACGAGAUGGAGAAGGCGAAGAAGAAGAAGAAGGCGGCCGGGGAAGAGGCGGGCGCCGGCGACGGCAACGAGAAAAGGGAAGCAGCGGACGGGGAGGACGACGAUGACGACUCCGAGAGCGCCCAGCUCGCCGAGGGCUUCGUGCAGACGGUACCCGAGAGGGAUGUCCCGCCGCCGCCGCCAGCGCCCGCCAGCGCCGCGCGGCCCGCGAAGGGCGUCCCGGUGCCGACGGCGGCAGGGGCGGCGGCGGCGACGGGAUGGGCCGCCAGCAGGACGGCGCAGAGGACGCAGCCGGCAGACCCGAACGAGGGAGUGCCGGCGUGGGUCGACUACGCCAUCGUGUCGCUCGUCGUCGUGCUGAUCGCCAUGCUCACCAAGAUCCUCCUGGCGGGCUGA